AUGUCAAAUCCUCCCAAUCCACCUGCUACAUCGGCGCAACAACCGAUUUCUCCCCGACCUCUGAAGAAGGCCUUCUCUCCGAAAAGGCCUAACACACCAACAAAUCUUACUCCGACCACACCAUCCAAAGUUGCCACUAUUGCUGCUACUUCGACAUCUUCUACAGUGGUACCAAGCGAUAGUGUGGCUGCUGUGAUUCAAGGAGUUAAGCCCACAACAGAAACAACUAGCCCAAGCCGUGUGCAUGGCAAUGAAAAUCCAUCAACGCCUUCUAAAUCAUCCUCUUCUGUUGUGCAAGGAAAAUCAAACGAAACAUCAACCAAACCAAGUCUUAAUAAGAAUGCAGAAACUCAAUCAAAUUCUCAAACAUCCACACAUUCAACUGCAAGCAGUAAUUCUAGGUCUCCGUCACAAUCCACGAAACAUUCAGUCAAGUCAUCUCCAUCUGCCAGUGGCAAGAGAAAACGAGCAAGCACCGACCCUGCAACAUCAAGCCACGACUCUUUACAUGGCUCUCUUAAGAAUGAAGUUGCUAGAAUUCGUUCCGAUAAAUUAUUAAAUGUACUAGGAGGAACAACAAGUACAGCUUCAUCAUCCGUGUCUAACACUAGUUCUACGCCAUCUAAUUCCACAGCUUCAUCAGAAACAAAACGAAGAAAAUCUAACAAAGUUAUUGAUGAUGAAGAAGAAGAGGAGAUUUUCGAACCAGCUCAAAAAAAGAAGAGUGACGAAAGUGCAGACGACAGCUACAGCGCCAUAAGAAGCACAAUUACACAGAAAGACAAGGAAGUUCGACAUCACCAAAGAAAGACAAAUUCUAUCAAGAAGCAUUUUAUAUCAGUGGAUAAGCCAGAACUUUCUGAAACUAGUUUCCCAGAUAGUGACCUUCAACCAGAAUCCUCAAUCGUUUUGUUCAGUCAGGAAAUGUAUUUAAAAACUAUUUACCAAAUUAUUAAGGAACGAAAGAAAUUUUAA